UCAAUUAGUUCUACACAAUUAAUGGCCACAGAUCUCCAUUUUGUGAACACAACACACCGUCAUCUUUGGUUUCUUCCUAUUUUUAUGACACUGGAUUUUUAUCUGUUGAUUUAGUGAUAAAAUUAAAAAAAUAUAUACAGAUAUAUUUUAGUAUAUGGACAUAUCUGAAUAAACAUCAGCAACAAUGAACUGUCGGAGUGGAGUUAUACUGAUUCUUAUUUGCUUAUCCAUUCAUUAUUAUGAAAGCAAAGAAGUUGUAUCUGAGUCAAGACAAACUGAAAAUCUGAUUACAAGUACCUCCCUACCAGAUGGAUUUUUAAAGAUGUCAAAAGUGUCAGCACUAAGAAGACUGUUUGAUUUGAAGCGACACAGAACAAAAAGGUCAUCGAUAUUCCCAACAGGUGUCAAGGUUUGUCCUCAGGAGUCCGUGAAGCAAGUACUUGCCAGUCAUCAGGCCUACUACAGAUUACGAGUCUGCCAGGAGGCUGUGUGGGAAGCAUUUCGGAUAUUUUUGGACCGUAUUCCACAGACCACAGAAUACCAGCACUGGGUUGACACAUGCCUACAAGAAACGUUCUGUAUAUUUGACAUUGGGAAAAACUUUAGCAACUCCCAAGAACAUUUGGACAUUAUUCAACAGAGAGUAAAAGAGAAGAAAGUCGUUGACAGGAAUGAAGAGAUACUGAAAGAAGGUACUUCAGCUCCUGUAAUUGUAGGGCAAACUGUGGCAUCAACAAUUGACCUUCAUCUUCCAGACACAGCUACUGAUGUCCUCUUUAAUGAAAUCAUGAAUGAUACAAAGCCUUCUGUGAAGGAAUCAGACAUUACUAAUCUAGUUCCUGAACAACCACAACAGCAGGUAGUGGAGUUCACUGUCACGUUGAAAGAUCAAGGAUAUACAGCUGAAUUGAGUGAUCCUGAGUCUCCUCAAUACCAAGAACUAGCUUCUAAUUUUCAACAGCAGAUGCAAAAGGUGUUUGAGAAACUACCCGGAUUCAAAGAUAUACGGGUCCUAAGAUUUAGACAGAAGAAGGAAAAAGACGGAUCUGAUAGCAUUGUAGUGCGUUAUGCUGUGGUCUUUGAAAGAGGCAGCUCUGAAUCUAAAAAUAACAUCGAGACACCUACUAUCGCAUCUAACAAAGUUGAGAAUGGUAACAAUGAAGAGGGAAGAAAAAUGUCAUAUACUGUCAUAGAACUGCAGAACAUGGUUGCCAUGGCACUGAGAGAUGAUCGAUCCCUACCUAUGGACCUCCAAACACUGUGGUUUUUAGAUGAUCUAGAUAAAUCGUUGGUGAAUUUUGAAAAUGAUGUGUCAUCCCCAGCACCUACAGCUGAAAUGAAGACUGAUUUGGAUGAACUCUUAAAUGCUGAACAACCUUUAGGUAAUCCUACUUCAAUAACUGAAGACAAAGAUAAAGGCGACAGUUUUAAUGCAAUGCUGGAGAACACAGUGGAACCUGCUAAAGAACUAUCAGAUUCACCCGAUGUCCAUAAUACAAUUGAUAGUAAAGUGGCUACUGAACCCAUACAGCCAUAUUCUUACUCAACAAAGGAGUUUGUUCAAGAAGCUGUACAAGAAUUAACUACACAACAGAUACUAGUAUUUAUUGGUCAGAAGAGUCCCACAGUGGAGGAGAAUGCUGUUGAUGUUGCCAAUGUUGUAAGUGAAGGUUUUACUGUGCCUUUUAGUGCUUCUGAUGCCAAUGAUAAAAUAAACAUACCAGGUGAAAACUGGUUGGAGAACACGCCAUCACCUCUGGACUCAGUUAACCAGAUUAUUCCCAUAACAACUGUUAAUCCUAUGAUAGAAAAUCCUUCCUCAUCCUAUGUGCUUGAGGAUGGAGAAGAUCUUAAGAAGCACUCAGAUACGACAGACUACAAUGCAGUCCAUAUUAAGCCUCAGGAAUCCAUGGAAACAUCUGGUGAUUAUCCAGUGCCAGAGAAUGAACAUACAGAUUUUAAUACAAUUACUAACUCUGUAACUAGAGCAACCAGUUCACAUGUAACAUUGGGGACCACUGUAAAUGAUAUGCUGUUGGAUGCAAAGGAAAGCAGCACCCCCAGUUACAUAUCUUACAUGGACGAGAAAACUUCUAAAGUGCCAUUGUUAAUUGAAAGUCUUCCUGGAGAUGAUGAAUAUCAUGUCGAUAUGAUGGAAACUUCAGGGGAUUCUUCAUAUAUUAAUAUUCCUACAUCUACAAGUUCUUUUUCAUCUCAUCCACCAUAUUUAAAUCUCAAUACUAUGAUAACAGAAGAUAUAUCACCGGCAGAUUCGGGUUUCAUUGGUACUGUUGAAACAUCCCCUGCUUAUCUAGAUAGUUAUUUAUUCUCAACCACGCCAGCCUUUAAUAUAUCACCUGUGGAAACUUCUGAACCCAGUAACCAAGCUACUCCACGUAUAAUUCCAUUGUUCGAGGACAUUACCUCCACCCCUGAACCACAAAUUCCUAUUCCAAGAGACAACAUACUUGAAUUUUCGAACACUCCGCAGCCUGUUGACAAAGUCAGUACUCAAAACGUAGAUGUUUCUGCAGUUCCUGUAACACUGGGGGCAAAUGAUCUUCUGAUAAAAACUACUGUCUUUGUAGAGCCCACUGUCAUGGCACCAGUCACAAUUGCUGAGGUGACUGGUGUUUCCACCGAAAUAUGGACUAAAAUGUAUGAUACUAAUGCAGUACCAGAUAUAGACUAUGCUACAGAUUUAGAUACAAUAUUCAACAGCACAGACUCUUCUGCAAUAGAGCAUGUAUCACAGAGUUCCCAAGGAUCUGCUGAUAAAGGAAAAGAGCUUGUUGUGUUUUUCAGCCUGAGAGUGACUAAUAUGCCAUUUUCUGAUGACCUGUUCAAUAGAAGUUCUCCAGAGUAUAAAGCUCUUGAACAGCAGUUCUUGCACCUGCUACUCCCAUACCUUCAAACCAACCUCACUGGAUUUAAGCAACUUGAAAUCCUAAACUUUAGGAAGGGGAGCGUGAUUAUAAACAGCAAGUUGAAGUUUGCUAAAUCUGUGCCCUACAAUGUUACAGAAGCUGUGCAUUGUGUUUUGGAAGAUUUCUGUAAUACUGCGGCAAAACGUCUAAAUCUAGAGAUUGACAGCUAUUCUCUGGACAUUGAACCAGCUGAUCAAGCAGACCCAUGCAAGUUUUUGGCAUGCGAUGAGUUUUCUGAAUGUUCAGUAAACACCUGGACAAAAGAGGCAGACUGUCUUUGUAAACCUGGUUAUAUAACUAUUGAUGGUCUCCCAUGCCAAAGUAUUUGUGAUUUGGACCCCGAUCAUUGUGCAGUUGGAGAAAAAUGUGACAUUAUCGCUGGAAGAGGAGCAGUCUGCAGAUUACUAGAUUCUGCUAUCAGCCCUAACAUGAAUAGAGACGUAUGAAAUGUUUUUCACCUGCAAUUUUUAUAAACAACAAAAAAGGUGGACAUUGUCAGACUAUAGAAAAUGAAAAUUUUCUGCAUAUCUCUACCAGGAUGUUCCACGAGCAGAAUAUGCGUUUUCCAGAGUAUAAAGUGAUAUUUGUUUAGAAAUUAAAGUGAUAUAUGUGUUAAACAUUAGAAAUUAGUUGUUUGAGUACUAAAAGAUACAUUUAAAUGUGUGUGUGUGUCACAGAAGAGUUCACACUUAUAAUACACAAUGAUUCUUUCAAUUAUUGGUGAAUUAUUGUUACACAUUUUAUAUUUACAGAUGUAAUACAUUAUCUAAUCAAAUACCAAUUAGUAUUAUAUUAAUAGGUUAGUUACUAAAGCAUCCCAUAAAAUAGCAUGCACGUUAGCAUAUUGUAAAAGGAAUAAGUGUAGAUUACACAUUUAUUGUAUAAAGCUUUUUAACUGUGUGUGCUUAAUCUAGUACCAUGUACACUUUAUUUCAAUAAAAGAUUCACAAGAGACCUACGUACAACAUAACAUCUCUAAAUGUCAUGUUCAUUAAAACAAAUAUCUAACAUUUAUCAAUUGUUAAAAUAAAUAGUAUUUCAUACUUGAGAGAAAUUGUAAUAGUUAUGAAUUUUGUCUCUUGCACAUUUUAAGUUUGUAUGAUCAGUAUAAAAACUCCUGUGAUCACCGUGAGAUAUACUCAUUCCCUGGUCAUAUAAUGGCAAAAAAUGGUCCUAAUGUUAAGUAUUAGUAUUCAUGGUCUCUAAACAAAUUCCAUACAUUCCAUGUUUUUCUGGAUUUAAAAGUUAUUACUUAUCAAGAAUAAAACGGAUUGUACACCUUU